CGAGCAGGCGACGGGCAGCGGCAGGAUGGACCUGGGAGCCUCGCUGCUGCCCACUGGCCCCAAUUCCAGCAACACCUCGGAUGGCCCCGAUAACCUCACCUCGGCCGGGCCACCUCCUCGCACAGGGAGUGUCUCCUACAUCAACAUCAUCAUGCCUUCCGUGUUCGGCACCAUCUGCCUCCUGGGCAUCAUCGGGAACUCCACGGUCAUCUUCGCGGUGGUGAAGAAGUCCAAACUGCACUGGUGCAGCAACGUCCCCGACAUCUUCAUCAUCAACCUCUCGGUGGUGGACCUCCUCUUUCUCCUGGGCAUGCCCUUCAUGAUCCACCAGCUCAUGGGCAAUGGCGUCUGGCACUUUGGAGAAACCAUGUGCACAUUGAUCACGGCCAUGGACGCCAACAGUCAGUUCACAAGCACCUACAUCCUGACGGCCAUGGCCAUUGACCGCUACCUGGCCACUGUCCACCCCAUCUCUUCCACCAAGUUCCGGAAGCCCUCUGUGGCCACCCUGGUGAUCUGCCUCCUGUGGGCCCUCUCCUUCAUCAGCAUCACCCCCGUGUGGCUCUACGCUAGGCUCAUCCCCUUCCCGGGGGGCACGGUGGGCUGCGGCAUCCGCCUGCCCAACCCAGACACUGACCUUUACUGGUUCACCCUGUACCAGUUCUUCCUGGCCUUUGCCCUGCCCUUCGUGGUCAUCACUGCCGCGUACGUGAGGAUCCUGCAGCGCAUGACGUCCUCUGUAGCUCCUGCCUCUCAACGCAGCAUCCGGCUGCGGACCAAGAGGGUGACUCGAACGGCCAUCGCCAUCUGCCUGGUCUUCUUUGUGUGCUGGGCUCCCUACUAUGUGCUCCAGCUGACCCAGCUGUCCAUCAGCCGCCCAACCCUCACCUUUGUCUACCUGUACAACGCCGCCAUCAGCUUGGGCUAUGCCAACAGCUGCCUCAACCCCUUUGUAUACAUCGUGCUCUGUGAGACAUUCCGCAAACGCUUGGUCCUGUCGGUGAAGCCAGCUGCCCAGGGACAGCUUCGAGCCAUCAGCAACGCCCAGACAGCCGAUGAGGAGAGGACAGAAAGCAAAGGCACCUGACCCUUCUCCUGCUGCCCCAGGCGCCUCCAAGUCAGGACAGCACAGCAGACUGGUGGGGAGAGACACUGAGAAAAACCAAAGACCCCUCUGGGAGAAUGCAAGGAGGCUGGGUGGUGAGGGGUUGCGGCUACUAAAUCAUUCCACGGGGUCCACAAAUUGCUGGGGAGGCUGGGAGCCAGAUCUGGGGGCUUCAAGCAUCAGAAAUCCCCUUGGGAGAGUAGGAAGAGACCUUUGGAUUGAACAGAAACCGAGCAAGAAGAAAAUUUUGUUUUAAAUGCUCAGCUGAGCCCUACAUCUUGUAGCUCCCACAGAUUUUUUUUUCCCAACUGCUGGUUAAUUCGAGAUCUGGGAAGGCCAGGGUGUGAGUGGGGGGGCCUACAACAGGGUCCUGCGGAGAUGGGAAAGUGGUAUGGCCUCAACAUUCUUUCCCAUCUUUCACUGGUGUGAUGGAGGGCAGCCUUUCUCCCACGCUGGAGGAUGCUGAGAAAUGAAGCAUGCCACCUCUCUGUGUUCCAGCAUCCUGUCAAUCUGCCUGUGUCUCUAGGGGAUGCAUGCUUAAUUUUGGGGGGGUGUGGGGCAGGGCUCUGCGCCCACAGGAGUAAAAACCCAAUUUGUAGGAGAAUCACUCACUGAGAAUGACAAGGCUAACUGGGUGGGUAUGCACAGGAGUCUUAAAAUUAAGAAAAAUGGGGAGGAGCAAGGGGGCUUUUGCAGCUGUGGGGACAUUGUCGUCAUGAGGCACAUUUGUUAAUCACCAGAUCUAGAGUGAGUGUCCGUCAGCGCCCUGCAUGUGCAAGGGUCAUUGUGAUGCCUGCUGCGUUAGUAUCAUCUUUUUUGCUCCAGCCCUUCCUCUCCAAAAUAAAAACGAAUAAAGGAAAAUCUCUACCCACA